AUGCCGGCCACAACAUCGCCCGAGCAUGACCAAGCCCUAGGUUGCAAGGCAGCCCAGAAGGCAGCGUCCCAACUUGACAUUAUCGAUGUGCGGCGAGCUGCGGUCGAAGUCAAUCUAAAGGACGACAUUCUGUCCAUGUGGAACCCCAAAGACGGCCCCAGGAAGCUGCCGACGUUGCUCCUCUACAACGAGAAGGGCCUGCAGCUGUUCGAGGAUAUCACGUAUCUGGAGGAAUACUACUUGACCAACAAUGAGAUUGAAGCUCUCACACAGUACUCUAAGCAGAUUGCUGAGAUGAUACCUUCUGAUGCUAUGGUCAUAGAGCUGGGCAGUGGUAACCUGCGCAAGGUCUGCCUACUGUUGCAGGCAUUCGAAAAUGCCGGCAAGAAUAUUGAUUACUAUGCGCUCGACCUGUCUCGAGAAGAGUUGGAGCGAACACUGGGCCAGGUGCCUGCGUUUCAACACGUAAAAUGCCACGGGCUGUGGGGUACUUAUGACGAUGGUCGUGAGUGGCUCAAGUCACCUUCUCUGGCCUCGAGGUCCAAAUGCAUCCUCAGCUUGGGCUCAAGCAUCGGAAACUUUGAUCAAGCCGAUGCGGCUGAUUUCCUCAGGAGUUUCGGCGACAUUCUCCAACCGUCAGACACCAUGCUCAUUGGUCUGGACGGAUGUGAAGAUGCGGCCAAGGUCUACCAUGGCUAUAAUGACCAGGAGGGCGUCACACACCAAUUCCUCAUGAAUGGCCUGGCCAAUGCAAACGAAAUCCUUGGCGAGGAGGCAUUCAAGCCAGACGACUGGCGUGCUGAUGGCGAGUACAUCUUUGACGAUCAAGGUCGUCGACACCAGGCCUUUUACUAUCCAGUUCGCGAAACAACCGCUUUGGGUGCCGUCGUUAGGCCGCACGAGCGUGUUCAGAUCGAACAGAGCCUCAAAUACUCGCCACAUGAGGCUAAGAAGCUGUGGCACUCUGCUGGCAUGGCGGAGAUUGCUCGGUGGCAGGCUAAGGAACAUGGUCUACACUUGCUCAUCAAACCAAGAAUGCCCUUCAGCCUCGCACCUUCGGUAUACGCCGCCACCCCGCUGCCCACUCUGGACCAAUGGAGCACUCUCUGGAGUGCCUGGGAUAUUGUCACCAGGGGCAUGCUUCCGAACGAAGAGCUCCACGACAAGCCCAUCAAGCUUCGCAACGCCUGCAUCUUCUACCUCGGUCAUAUUCCCACAUUCUUGGACAUUCAAUUGAACAAAACAACAAGGCAACAGCCCACGGAGCCGGCCUACUACAUCUCCAUCUUUGAGAGGGGCAUCGAUCCCGACGUAGACAACCCAGAACACUGCCAUGCUCAUUCCGAAGUUCCCGACGAAUGGCCGGCUAUUUCAGAAAUCGUCGACUACCAGCAGAGAGUCCGCUCUCGACUCCGAAGACUGUAUUCCCACGGAGAGGCGCACAUCCCAAGGGAUGUUGCCCGAGCCAUCUGGAUAGGCUUCGAGCACGAGGUCAUGCACAUGGAAACAUUGCUUUACAUGAUGCUCCAGAGCGACAAGACUCAGCCACCCCCUCAUACCGAAACGCCCAACUUCAAAAGCAUGGCUGAAGAAGCGCAACAGGCCCGAGUGGCGAACGAGUGGCAUGGCGUCCCUGCGCAGUCUGUUAUCAUUGGGAUGGAUGAUGACGAGAAAGCCCUUGAUAACAAAGGGGACAACGAGAAACCGUCAAGACGAGUGAAUGUUCACUCCUUCGAGGCCAAGGGCCGCGCCAUCACUAAUGAAGAGUAUGCCAAGUAUCUCCAUCAGUGCCACACUGAAAAGCUGCCAGCAUCAUGGGUAUCGACUCAGCCUGUCAGCCCGACGACCAACGGAAAUGGCGUGACCAACGGCAACACGAAUGGCCACGCCAACGGUCACACGAACGGCUGCGCAAAUGGCCAUGUCAACAGCCAUCCUGGUAGCGAAACUUCACUGCCGACUUCAUAUGUGGAUGGCAUUGCCGUCCGCACAGUCUACGGACCUGUGCCAUUGAGUCAAGCCCUGGACUGGCCUGUCGCCGCUUCUUAUGAUGAGAUUGCCGGGUGCGCUGCCUACAUGGGAGGCAGGAUCCCCACAUUUGAAGAGACCAAGAGUAUAUACGCCUACGUCAACCAUCUCAAGCGCCGAGAGGCUGAGCACAAACUUGGAAAGACGGUUCCCGCCGUCAACGGGCAUCUCUCCAACAAUGGUGUCCAGGAAACACCCCCAUCCGCCUCCCCCUCUGCUGUUGAUGAGGUUUCCGCCUCAGACCUCUUCGUCGACCUCGAGGGUACCAAUGUCGGCUUUCAGCACUGGCACCCUAUACCCGUGACGGCCGGUGGGGGCCGCCUCGCGGGACAGGCCGAGUUCGGUGGCCUGUGGGAGUGGACGAGCUCGCCGUUGAGGAAGCACGAGGGGUUUGAGCCGAUGGAGCUCUACCCUGCCUACACAGCCGACUUCUUUGACGACAAGCAUAACAUCAUCCUCGGUGGAUCUUGGGCGACGCACCCUCGAAUUGCCGGACGAUCAUCCUUUGUGAACUGGUACCAGAGGAACUACCUCUAUGCAUGGGCUGGCGCCCGCCUUGUCCGUGAUGUGCAGACGAAUGGCAAUGCUGCUUAG